AUGGGAAUCCCUAUUGGUAAGGCACGACUAGCAGAAAAAAUGGCAUCUCUGCUACUGCAACGUACGAAUAGCACCACUCACCAAAAAAAAAAUCUGGCGGAGCCACUGGACCCUUCAUCGCACUUUGCGACGUCAGAGUUCAGUCGCGAGCCUCUCAUAUCACCCUGCUCAGCACAAGCCAUUGCGUUCCAAUGGCCGCCAAAGAAGGCACCCCGCCGGCAGACGCCGCCAGCCCGGACAACAAGACGUCCGCAAAGCGCAAGUCGGCCGUCGACGAGAUCGAGGUCGACCUCGCGGCGCCGGAGCCGCCCUCAAAGCGAGCGCGCCGAGCGCUGAAGAAGGGCAAGGCCCUACCCGCGAAGCCGAGCAGCGACGACGAAAAGGACGGCGGCGAUGGCGACGACAAGAAGGAUAAGAAGGACAAGGUCCGGUCAGAGCACGCCGUCUGGAUCGGCAACCUGCCCUUCUCGGCGACCCCAGAGCUCCUCCGCAAGUGGCUCGUCGACAACUCGGGCGGCGUCAUCACCAGCGAGUCCAUCACAAGGAUAAAGCUGCCCACCACCAAGGAGCCCGGGCGCGACAAGAGCCAGAAGCCGGCCAACAAGGGCUUCGCCUACGUCGACUUUGCGGAGCUCGGCCCCAAGGUCGCCGCUGUGGCGCUCUCCGAGAACGACAUGGGCGGGCGUAAGCUGCUCAUCAAGGACGCUACGUCUUUUGAGGGCCGUCCGGCCAAGGAAAAGGAAGCGGCGGACGGAGCCGACGAGACCGGAGGCAACGCACAGACGAAGGAGCAGUCCCGGAGCGAGGCCAACGCGAGCCGCAAGGUCUUUGUGGGGAACAUGAGCUUCGGCACCACCGAGGACGACUUACGCAAGAACUUUGAAAAAUGCGGCGAGAUCGAAUGGCUCAAGCUCGCGACGUUUGAGGACUCGGGCAAGUGCAAGGGCUUCGGGUGGGUCAAGUUCAAGGAGCCAGAGGCGGCUGCCUGGGCGGUCAAGGGCUUCGUCAAGAUCAAGGAGGAGAUUGAGACCGAGGACGACUUCAAGGAGGAUGGCGAAGAGGACGACGACGGAGACGGGGAGAAGCAGAAGCAGUUCAAAACGCGCAAGUGGUGGGUCAACCGGCUGCUGGGACGGCAACUCAAGCUGGAGCUGGCCGAGGACGACCAGACGAGGUACAAGAAGCGCUUCACCAAGGGCGGCGGCGGCGGCGGCGGCGCAAGGGGUCCUCGAGACAGGCCCGAGAGGAGGGAACAGCAGGGCGAGCGACGCAGAGGCGAUGGGGGCGAGCCGGCCGAGCAGACGGCGCAGGAGCUGCAGGAGGCGCGGUUGAUGGGCAAGGUGGUGCCGCACACGGGCACCAAGAUGACAUUUGACUAGAAGCACGCAUGUAUGGCGAGAUACCCGGCGUAUAUAUAUACAUCCACGCAAGAUUUAUAACUGUCCGG